AUGUCAGACCGAACCGCAAUUCAUUAUACAGUCGACCCCUCUACCAACCCAUCCACAUGGCCUGGUUCCGAUCCAACUGGCAGCACCGUUAUCUGGAAAGUCGAUGUCAUUUAUAUCAAUAUGCACGGCGACUCCAACUUUCGCACCCUUCGCACUGGUACAAACGAACAUGUUAAUCAGGCGGUAAUCCAAGUCACCAAGCACAUCGCCCGGGGUCUCUAUGAUAUUGUGAGCAUGAACGUCAGUGAUUAUUCAUGUGUGGUGGUCAUGUCAACGGAGAAAUCUAAAGAUGAGCUUCUGUUCAAAAAUGGGUUUCCUUGGGACAGGCAGGAUGAUCCCCAGCCCGAGGUUGUGCUGAAGUAA